ACACUGGGAGAGUGCACUGAGGAAGCUGAAAAUAGUUCCUAACCUAAAAAUUCAGGAGGUACUGAAAAUCAGUUAUGAUGCACUGGACAAAGAAUCAAGUGAUAUAUUUCUUGAUAUUGCUUGUUUCUUUAAAGCGCAGCUUAGAGAUGAUGUUGAAAGAAUUCUAGGUGGCUGUUAUGGUCAUUCUGUCUUGUCAGGAAUAGAUCUUCUCGUUGAUAAAUCUCUCAUAACUGUGUCAAACAAAAGGAUAGAAAUGCACGAUUUGUUGCAAGAGAUGGGUUGGUCUAUUGUUCGCCAAGAAUCUGACAUAGAGCCUGGAAAAAGAAGCCGGUUGUGGACUCCCGAGGACAUUUAUCAUGUAUUGACAAAAAAUACAGGGACUGAAACAAUUAGAGGUCUAUUCCUUGAUGAAUCAAAAGUAAAAGAGAUGAAGUUAAGUCCAAUGACUUUUUCAAAAAUGUACAAUCUUAAAUUCCUCAAGAUUUAUCGUGGAAGCUGCCAAAAAAACUCCAAAGUGUGCCUUCCACGUGGACUUAAAUUGCUUCCUGAUGAGCUGAGGUAUCUGUACUGGAAUGCAUUUCCAUUAAAAUCUCUGCCAUGUAAGUUUUGUCCCGAGUACCUUGUGGAGCUUUAUCUACCUUAUAGCAAGAUUAAGCAACUUUGGAAUGGGGCCCAGGAACUUGUCAACUUGAAAAAGAUAUAUCUUGCCGGGUGCAAGAACUUGAUAGAAUUACCAGACCUCUCAUUAGCCACGAAUAUUAAGGAUAUGACUCUUAGGCACUGCAAAAGCAUAGUUGAAAUACCCUCAUCCAUUGGACAUCUCAACGAACUUACCCAUUUGGAUUUGAGUGGUUGUAUAAAGCUUAAGAGUUUACCAACAAACAUCAACUUGAGAUCUCUAGAAUUCCUAAAUUUAUUUGGCUGCAGUAAAAUGGCUACAUUUCCAGAGAUCUCAAGGAAUAUAAAAUAUUUGUACUUGAAUGGAACUAGUGUAAAAGAAGUGCCAUCAUCGAUUAAGCAUAUAUCUAGCCUUAUGGAAUUGAAUUUGUCAAACUGCACGAGGCUUGUGAAUAUUUCAAGCUCUAUUCAGAAUUUGAAUCAUCUCCAAGUCCUGAAUCUGAAUGGCUGCACAAAUAUCACAAUGCUCCCAGAGAUUUUAGAGAAAGUGGACGAGUCAUAUGAAGAAGGUCCGGCUUCUAUUGGCUGUCUCUCCGCGCUUCACAAGUUGUGGUUGCAUAAAUGCACAAGGCUUAAGAGUCUCCCCUCUGACAUUUUAAAGUUGAAAUCUCUUGAAUCUGUUGAUGCUACUGAAACUUCUAUAGAACAAUUACCAUCAAUCUUGAAAGAUUCAAGCCACCUAACAUACUUAUGCAUUUCAGGAUGCAAUAGUCGAGAGCCAGUGCCUCUACACCUUACUUCUUUAAUAGAUUUCCAAUUUUUGACAAGUCUAGAACUGAGCAAUUUACAUAUAACGGAAAUCCCUGAAGACAUUAACUGCGUAUUAUCAUUAGAAAGUUUAGAUCUAAGCAGCAAUGACUUUAAGAGCAUACCUGGAAGCAUCAAACAACUUUCUAUGUUGAGAUAUCUUACAUUAAGCAACUGCAAUAGACUUCAAUGGCUACCAGAGCUUCCUCAGAGUAUAGCAUCUUUACAUGCUCAUGAUUGCUUGUCACUAGAAAGAAUAUUAGGUGAGCAAAAAUUCCUUAGGAUUGGAGGUGAGGGAGACUACAUAUUCAGUAAUUGCUUCAAAUUGGAUCAAAAUGAAUACAAGACCAUUGUAGCUAAUGUACAGUUUAGAAUUCAGCAUCUGAUGGAAAAUGGCGAAGAAGAUGAGUUUGGAGCAAGUCAAGUUGUUAUCUGUUUACCAGGAAGUGAAAUCUCAGACUGGUUCGACCAUAAAAGCGACACAUCUUCAAUAACUAUCCAGCUAUCUCCCCAUUGGUUCAAUAGCAAGUUUUUUGGUUUUGCUCUCAGCAUUGUGGCUGAAUUUGAGGGCUACUUUGAUGGGUCCAAUUUAAGCAUCAUAGGUGAUUACCAUUUACAAAACAAAGAUGGUGAGUGCUAUGAUCUCUGUUGCAGAUUUAAACCAUGGCCAAAAUUUAGGGAUCGACCUAAAUUUGUUGAAUCAGAGCAUAUGUUCCUUUUGUAUGAUACAUCGAUGUAUAUGGGGACAGCUGAAGAAAGUUUCAUCACAGAAAGUUUUGAUGAGAACUAUGAAGAGGUUUCCUUUAAGUUCUCUAUCGUAGAGAGUGGAGUUAAAUCUUUAAGCUCUUGCAAGAUCAAAAGCUGUGGGGUUCGUCUACUCUAUUAUCCAAAAGAUUUUUGCAAACCAACAAUGGAGGAUCAUAAUGAAGUUGAUAGUAAAUCUGAUGAUGCAUAUUAUCGGUAUGAUGACCCUGAAGAGGAAGAACUAGACACAGGGUUUGGAGAUGAACUAGAUGCUGAGGAAGAUGAGGAAGCAGAUAUUGAAGAUGAAAAUGAGCUAUAUGAUGACGAAGAAGAAAUACUAAACACCAAGAAGGCAGAUGCUGGGGAGCAAGAACAAGUAGACUCUGACGAGGGGGAAAAGUAUCCUGCUCCAAAACGAUUGAAAAGAUCAAAUUCAUGGAGUUAGGGAGACGGGAGCAAAAGAAACACUUGGUAUUCCUUGAUCAAUUCCAUCUCUUGUGGAUGAUCUACUUUAU